AUGGUUUCUGUUAAGGGCACAAGCAACAAAUUAUUCUUGAAUGUGAGGAACUUCUUUGCAGCUCUCAAUCUCAUUCAAGCUGAGGAAUCUGGACGCCGGCGGAUAUUAACCGCCAGUGCGUCCACAGAAUCAAUACCCCGCCAACAAUGGCAGCCUCAGGACCACCAGGCUCUCGAGCUACAGCACCAGAUCGUGGUCGAGAACAACGGGUGCGAAAUCUUCCCCGAAGAUGAGCCAACGCCGCCCGAUUCCAAGUGGGUCAUCUCCAUCAAAGAGAAGCUCAAGCAAGCUGACCAGGACAACAUGGCGUGCUCAUGGACAAAACACUCCAUUUACCGGAUCCCGCAUCGUCUCAAGGAUGGCGAGGACAAGGCCCACGUCCCCCAGAUCGUCUCCCUUGGGCCGUACCACAACGGUAAGAAGCGCCUCUGCCAGAUGGAGCAGCACAAGUGGCGCUGCCUUCACCGCAUCCUCAGGCGUGAGAAACACAAGAUAGCCCUCUAUCUAGACUCUGUUAAGGAGGUCGAGGAGAAAGCUCGUGCCUUCUACGAGGGUACGAUAUCAAUGAGCAGCGAUGAGUUCGUGGAGAUGAUGGUCCUGGACGGGUGCUUUAUGAUCGAGCUGUUCCGGGGAGCCAAGGUUGGAUUUGAGGAUCUUGGCUACCCUUUCGAUGACCCCAUCUUCUCGACGCAGGGAUCGAUGCACUCAAUCCGGCGGGACGUGAUCAUGCUCGAAAAUCAGAUCCCCUUCUUCAUACUCGAACAGCUAUUCUGCCUCCAGUGUCGCCAGCCCGACCAGGGGGGGCUCUUGGCCGAGCUGGCGCUCCUGUUCUUGGACCCUCUGAAGCCGACAGACAGCAUGGAGGUCGUCCCAUUAUCCGAUCAAGCCAGGCUCCAUUGCCUCGAAGUGUUCCGUCGGAGUCUCUUGGGCUCGGGCCCGAAGCCAGAGCCUAGGGUGAUGACUCCGUGGUCGGAGAUGCGGCAACAGCACAUCCACUGCGUCUCGGAGCUCCGGGAUGCCGGAAUAAGGUUUAGCAAGAGGAACACGGACAAUUUCUGGGACAUCCAGUUCAACAGCGGGACCCUUGAGAUCCCCCGGCUUGUAAUCGACGAUAGGACGAGAUCGCUCUUCCUUAACUUGAUAGCCUUCGAGCAGUGUCAUUUCAAUUGCAGCGACGUUAUCACCUCCUACGUAAUCUUCAUGGACAACUUGAUCAACUCCUCCGAGGACGUCGGGCACCUCCAAGACAACGGGAUCAUCGAGCACUGGCUUGGGAGCGAAGCUGAGGUCGCCAAACUUUUCAAUCGGCUUUGCCAGGAGGUGGUCUUUGACAUCAACGACAGUUAUCUUUCUACACUGUCUGCGCGGGUGAAGGAUUACUCCAGCCACAAGCGGCAUCGCUGGGGGUUCCUUCUCAAGCACAAGCACUUCGGAAAUCCCUGGUCAAUCAUUUCCCUCAUUGCUGCUUUCGUUUUGCUUGUGCUUACUUUUAUACAGACCUUCUAUGGAGUCUAUGGCUACUACAUCCCUGGUCCUUGA